AUGGGUUCUGCUCCCUCUAAGAUCUUGGAGGACUUGCUUGAUGAUACGAACUUUGACCGGGAAGAGAUCGAACGGCUUCGCAAGAGGUUUAUGAAGCUUGACCGAGAUAGUUCGGGGUCGAUAGACAAAAAUGAGUUUAUGUCGAUCCCCGGAGUGUCGUCCAACCCGCUAGCGGGACGUAUAAUGGAGGUGUUUGAUGCGGACAAUAGCGGGGACGUGGACUUCCAGGAGUUUAUUAGCGGGCUAUCGGUGUUCAGUGGGCGCAGCGACAAGGAGGAGAAGCUGCGUUUUGCGUUCAAGAUCUAUGACAUUGACAAGGACGGAUAUAUCUCGAACGGAGAGUUGUUCAUUGUGCUAAAGAUUAUGGUGGGGAACAACCUCGAGGACGAGCAGUUGCAGCAAGUUGUUGACCGCACGAUCAUGGAGAAUGAUGUGGAUGGUGACGGAAAGUUAAGCUUCGAGGAGUUCAAGAGUGCGGUGGAGACCACUGAGGUCGCAAACUCUUUGACCUUGCAGUGUGACAUAUAG